AUGGCCAGUGUCGACGACUUUCUUGAACAACACGAGGCUUUGUGUUUUGCCCUGGCGAGACUGCUGGUCACGACACCUGUCUUGAAGCGCGUGGCCCUGCAGUAUUUUCGCUCGCGCCAUGUUGUUCCGUGGGAACGUCUCCAACGCGGUGCCGCAGUGCCCGAAGCCGACCUCGCGGCCUUUGCUGAGAUGUGCCUUCAGCUGACCGAGCUGCUGCCCGAGGCAGCAACCACGUGGGCAGACGCCGGGGUCUUGCAGCUCAUGGAGCACGAAUCAGAUCGAAUUCGCCGGCUCGGUGUGGAGGUGUACUCACUCCUGCGUCAGCUCACGACCGUCUCGCGGAAUCAGUUGCUCAAGCGAGUGGUGGGUCCUGACGCCGAUCUGCAGGCGGCUCAGUCUCAUUGGGAAACGCGAUUGGAAUCCCGCCGCCUCGCCCGACACAUGUUGCAAGAAAAUCAAGCGGCAUCGUCCGUUCGAGAUACCACUACUGGCACUUCGUCCACUGCGUUACUGGCACAGCAUUUAGGGCCUGACGUCGCGCUUCUGGGUGGUGUACUUGUGCCGCACCUGUCCCAUGGGUCACAGCACGUCAAUGAAACUCCACGGGACCAGCAUUUUAUUGAAACAACUUCGUUGACCACUUCUCUACGUCAACUUGGAUUGGCAUUGCAAAUCGGCGCUCCUGUGAUGCUUACCGGUGUGGCUGGCGUUGGCAAAACGGCGUUGAUCGAGCACGCAGCUGCUUGCACUGGUCACCGAGGCGAUAAUAGCCUGCUACGCAUUCAAAUGGGCGACCAGACAGACCCGAAGAUCCUACUCGGUUCAUACGUGUGCACAGAGAUUCCAGGCGAAUUUCGCUAUCAGGAAGGCGUUGUGACGCAAGCCGUCAAAGCUGGGCGCUGGCUUGUCAUUGAAGACAUGGAUCUCGCACCUAUGGAGGUGGCUUCCACUUUAUUGCCUCUGAUUGAGGGUCGCCGUCUUUUUAUUCCCAGUCGCGGCGAGACCUUGCAGGCUGCGCCGGGGUUCCAACUCUUUGCCACCCAGCGGGGUCGGGGCCCUCGCGGUGAUUGCGGCCACAUCUUGUUCAAUCAUUUCACGGUGCUCGACGUACCAGAGCCAGAUGCGACAGAUUUGCAUCAGAUUGUCUGUCACCGCUUUCCCUCUCUCGAGGCUGUGGCCCAGCGUUUGGUCGAAUGCUAUCUACAGCUUGUCUCCGGCCACCGGCAUACAACCACCGCGGAUGGCCUGGCCGCUGUGCGGCGACAUCUCAAGGGCUUCAGCCCACGCGAUCUUGUUCGCUGGGCCCAGCGACUUGCCGGGCUUUCAACUGUCUCCUCCGACCGCGUGCUGCAAGAGGCACUCGACAUUUUUGCGGCCAGUGUGCCAGUGCGCGAAGCUCGCACCGCAGCCAUUCUGUUUUUGGCCGAUGUCCUUGACGUUCCUCGGGAUCGUGCUGAAAGCCUGUGCACAUCGUAUUCCCCGGACGUGGAUCUCGUCGCCCAAGAUCGUGUCAUUCGCAUCGGUCGCUGCCGUUUGACGUUGGCCAGCGACAAAUCGCUGAGCACUGGUCAUCGCCACGGGUAUGCAUUCACAAAGGUAGCCUUGCGCUUGCUGGAGCAACUGGCAAUCUGCGUCCAACGCCAGGAGCCAGCUUUGCUCGUGGGUGAAACUGGCACUGGCAAGACAACUACCGUGCAAUAUUUGGCGCGCCAGCUUGGUUACAAAUUGGUGGUAAUCAACAUGUCGCAGCAAAGUGAAAGCUCAGAUUUGAUUGGCCAAUACAAGCCCGUGGAUGUCCGGGCCAUUGUCGAGCCGGCGGUGGAUCAGUUUCGCGACAUAUUCGGCCGCACCUUCAGUCGCAAGCAGAAUGCAGCGUUUUUAGCCAAGGUCGAGCUGGCUUUUGGCAAAAGCAAAUGGGGCUCUUUAUUGCAAGCUUUUACGAACACCACGCAAAAAGCUCGCAAGAAGUUUGAAGGAACUGGUGCUGGUCAAAAGCAAGCCAAGACCGGCCUUGAAGCGGAGUGGGAGCGCUUUGCGCGCCAGGUGACGGCGCUUUCCCAAAAGGUGAAGCAAGCUGAGCAAGGGUUUGCCUUUGCCUUUGUGGAGGGUGCUCUCACGCGCGCUGUUCGCGAGGGUCAUUGGGUGUUGCUUGAUGAGGUCAACUUGGCCAGUCCUGAAACUUUGGAGGCUCUCAAUGGUCUCUUGGAAAGCGAUGGUUCCAUCUCUCUCACGGAAAAGGGUGACCUCCAGCCCAUUCGACGACACCCAGACUUUCGCAUCUUUGGUUGCAUGAACCCGGCCACGGACGUGGGCAAGCGUAACCUACCUGCUGGCACCCGUAACCGCUUUGUGGAACUCUAUGUGGAUGAGGUCUUGGAUAGCGAAGAUCUGCAUCUCUUGGUCAAAACGUACAUCGACCGUCUCUGCGGUGCACAACAAGAUCGCUGGGUCCAACCCGUUGUGGACUUUUAUUUGGGUGUGCAAGGGAUGGCCCAGCGCCACGACCUGCGCGAUGGCUCCAUGCAGCGCCCUCACUUCAGCCUUCGCAGUCUCUGUCGGGCCCUGAUUCAUGCAGGGCGCCUGCUCGAUGCAGCUUCGGCUGCUGCUGUGGGUAAACUUUUGGAUCAACACUUGGCUGCAGUGCUUGUAGAUCGCAAGCAGCUUCGCGUGUUGCCCCGUUGUCCUUCCGACGUCGUGCCCGAUCGCUCAGGCCUGGGCUCGGACCACGUGGCCAUUUUUGAGCAUUGGCUGCGGCUUGGUCAUCAAGUUGAGCCCUGCGAACCUGGAGACUAUAUCUUGACCCCAACCAUCGAGGGAAACCUCCGCGCUGUGACGCGUGCUGUCGCGUCUGGGCUUUUCCCCGUGCUGCUUCAAGGCCCAACGAGCUGUGGCAAGACUUCCAUGGUGACAUACCUGGCUGCGCGUACGGGACAUCGUCUUGUGCGCAUCAACAACCACGAGCACACGGAUAUUCAAGAGUACUUGGGAAGCUACGUGGCUGAUGAUCGGGGCAAGCUGCAUUUUAAACACGGCGCACUUGUGCAGGCCGUGCAAAACGGCUACUGGCUCGUUCUCGACGAGCUCAAUCUCGCGCCCACCGAUGUGCUUGAAGCCCUCAACCGUCUGCUCGACGACAACCGUGAACUUUACAUCCCGGAAACACAGGAAAUCAUCAAAGCCCAUCCCUCUUUCAUGCUUUUUGCCACCCAAAACCCGCCUGGGGCGUACGGAGGGCGCAAGGCGCUGUCGCGCGCCUUUCGCAACCGCUUUGUGGAGUUGCACUUUGGCGACAUCCCCAACAAGGAGCUGGAGACAAUCUUGCAGCUUCGCUCGCGCAUUCCAGCCUCGCUGAGCAAAAAACUGAUCCGCAUCAUGAAAGAGUUGCAGGUUUUACGCGCCAACUCCAAUUUGUUCGCUGGCAAGGACGGUUUCAUUACUCUUCGUGAUCUUUUCCGAUGGGCAGAGCGCUACAAGCAUCAACAGCAAGCCGACGUCACCAUGGUCGAUGGUCAGCGGUCAGGCGUCAAAGACACACCUGCCGGCGCUUCAGCCGCAGAGCCCCCUGCCAAGCGGCAACGCGGCCAAGCUCAGGCCCAACAAGUGAGUGAAGCACGGCGCCAGGUGGGCUUGCAGUUUUUUGAUCACAACAUGGCCUUGGCCUGUGAUGGUUACAUGCUUUUGGCCGAGCGUGCACGCCUGGAUGCUGAGCGCGAGCAAGUGCAGCACGUCAUUGAAGACGUCCUCGACGUAAAACUCGACGUUUCUGCGCUCUACACAGAAAAGGUGUUUCCACUCUUCCGGCAGAUGCAGGCUGAGAUGGCCCAGGCACGUGCCGAUGUGCAGCAUCCCCUGCAUCCUCAUCGCCACGUGGUGUGGACUGCUGCAAUGCGACGCAUGUUCUGCUUGGUGGAGCGUUGUCUUCAGGUCCAGGAGCCCGUUUUGCUUGUCGGCGAAACCGGUUCGGGCAAAACGACAGUUUGCGAAAUCCUGGCUAUCCUGCUUCAGCGCCCUCUGAGUGCCAUCUCGUGCCAUCAAAACACUGAGACCUCCGACUUUUUGGGCUCACUCCGCCCCGUUCGUCGCUCAGCUGACGACGAGGCGGAGUUGGACACGGCGACGCAGCCUGAGGUGACGGAGGAGUCGUCGUCUUCCGCUGCAGCUGCCACUGCUGAGCAAAAGGCGCCCAAACUUUUUGAAUGGGUCGACGGCCCUCUGGUGUCGGCCAUGAAGGAAGGUCAUUUAUGCCUUGUGGAUGAGAUUUCGCUUGCCGACGACAGCGUUCUCGAAAGAUUAAACAGUGUGUUGGAGCCAACACGGCAGCUGGUCUUGGCCGAGAAAGCCGGUGCCGCCAGCAUCGACAGCAUUACCGCUCACGAUGCUUUUGCCAUGUUGGCCACUAUGAAUCCCGGUGGUGACUUUGGCAAAAAGGAGCUAUCCCCAGCUCUUCGCAACCGCUUCACUGAACUGUGGAUUCCUGCGGUCCGCGACGAGGACGACGUGCUAGCCAUCUUGCGCCAUUCGUUGACCGACCACCUCGACGCCAACCACAGCGAGCCGUUGGCGCUUGCAAUGGUGCGCUUUACACAAUGGCUGGUUCGGGACAUGCAAUACACCGGUGCCAUUUCUUUGCGCGAUUACUUGGCCUGGGCACGUUUUGUGGGGCAAACACAUCGCGAGCUGACUAUGUACGGCGCAUUUCUACACGGUGCUUGCUUGGUCUUUGUCGAUGGCAUGGACGCGGCCUCCUUUGUUGAAGCAGACGUUCGCGCUACUUGCGUGGAAUUUCUCAUCUCCCUCUGCCCAGCGGAGGAGCGGGAAGUUCUGCAGCGCUUGACUCUGGAUGGCCCGGGUGCGGCUGGCAUACCAAGCAGCGCGGCAAAUCCGACUCACUUUGGCGUUGCACCCUUUCACGUUGCUCGUGGUCCCCUUCCGCCAGCCGACCCUGGGUUUUCCCUGUCGGCACCCACAUCAGCCACAAACAUGUUUAGGGUGCUGCGAGCCAUGCAGCUGGGAAAGCCAAUUCUGUUAGAGGGUCCUCCUGGUGUGGGUAAAACAAGCCUGGUGAUUUCUCUUGCCAAAAUGGCCGGGUUCCGCAUUGAGCGCGUCAAUUUGUCGGAGCAAACCGACGUUAUGGAUUUGUUCGGAACAGAUCUUCCUGUUGAUGGCAAGGCGGGCGAGUUUGCUUGGCGCGAUGGACCGUUGCUCAAGGCGCUCAAAGGUGGCCAUUGGAUCGUGCUCGACGAGUUGAACCUGGCGUCUCAAUCCGUGCUCGAGGGCCUCAACGCUUGCCUGGAUCAUCGCGGGGAGGUUUACGUACCCGAACUGAAUCGCACCUUUCAUUGUCCACCCGGGCAGUUUCGCGUCUUUGCGUGCCAGAAUCCGCAGCGACAAGGUGGAGGUCGAAAGGGACUGCCCAAAUCCUUUUUGAAUCGCUUUACUCAAGUGCAGGCCGGCGAUCUGACACCCGCUGAUAUGGAGCUGAUUCUUGGACACAGCUUUCCCAUCCUCGAUUCGAGUCUCGUGGCUGCCAUGGCACGCACCAGCACGGCGUCAGCCAAUUUGCGUGACCUAUACCGCUGGGCUGAACUCGUUGUCCGCCACGGUACGACGGCCGACCCCCGCAUCUUCAUCAGCACCGUGUAUGCGGGCAAGCUUGCUGACGCGUCCAGCCAGAAGCGUCUCAUCGCGGAGGCAGAUCUGGCUUCAUGCUGCCCGCUUGACACUGGUGUUUUGAUUCUGGCCUCAAAAGAGGCAAAUGCUUCCACGCAAACGCUGGCUGCAGCGCUUGAGGCGGAUCAUUCUUCAGUGGUGGUCCCCUGGGAGCAUUGGUCGUCAAGCCGCCUGGAGCUAACGGACGAGGCCCUGCUGAUCGGCCACGCUGUGCUGCCGAGGCAGCGCUUCCCACAAUUUCCAACCGGAAGCUCAGUGGCACCAGCAGUUGCCGCACAUCGCCUCGCUUUAUGUCCCGAAUUGCUUCCCUACUUGGAGCAAAUUGGUCAUGCUGUGGCUGCCAACUGGAUGGUCAACAUCACCGGUCCAGCCGGAAGCGGCAAAUCUAGCAUUGUACAGUCCUUGGCCAUGCUCACCAACAACCGACUAUGCGUAUUUGCCAUGAACUCGUCGGUUGAUACCAUGGAACUUCUUGGUGGCUUUGAGCAAUUGGAUAUGACUGCGAAGCGCAACGCCAUCCUGGCAAGCUUGGCGCACCUGGAAGCGCUGAUCAUUGCCACUUGCAUCGAUGAUCAGCCCGCGGAAGCAGAACCCAGUGCCGUUGUGGCAGCUCUCCGGGACCUAUCCCACGAGUUCCGUUUUGUGGAGGCAAGCAAUGGGCAUGCUGCCGCCGCCCAACCCAAGGUGGGCGGUCUCCAUGCCGAACGAAUUACUGCGCUGGCCCAGAAGGUUGCGGUCUCCGACAUUGCUUCACGCCACCCAGCCGUGGCCUCACAAAGCGAAGCUCUCACAAAGGCGGUGCAAGAGUACUGCCAGUUGUGCGCAGGCGCGCACGCUGGCGCUUUUGAGUGGCGAGACGGACCUUUGAUCGAGGCUCUUCAACACGGUCAUUGGCUGUUGAUCGACCACGUCAACUUUUGCUCCCCCUCAGUGUUGGAUCGCCUCAACAGCUUGUUGGAGCCCAAUGGCGAGUUGAUUGUCAGCGAGCGCGGAGUGGUUCAGGGCGAGGUGCCGCGUUUGAAACCCCAUCCCAACUUUCGAAUCAUUUUUACCAUGGACCCUAAACACGGUCCAUUGUCUCCAGCCAUGCGUAACCGAGGUAUUGAGGUGUGCUUGCCAACAUACGUUUCCCCGCGCUCACACUUGGCCAUGACGCAGGCUUGGGAGCCCGAGUUGCCCGCUGAAUUUGCGGCUGCUUUGAAUCCGAGCGUUGGAUCCACGACCGAUAGUGCUUUGCUUCAUCGCGCUGCUGUCAACGCGGCCUUGCAUCGCACGGCUGUGCAAAACGGUCUUGAUCCACUGCUUGAUGCGGCAACCCAUGUGGUGCAGGGCGUCGAGCAACCUGUUCAUGAGCGAAAUGUCUCCACCCAUCAUGAGUUGGCGACUGCAGAAACGCUGAUGACUCCUCGCCUACACCCACACAUGCAUGGUCUCGAACUGCAACUGGCUUUGCGCGCCUCGUCAGGCUUGGGCCACGCCUCAAGUGCGGAGCGCGCCGAAGGCGCCGAAGGCCUGCCUUUCAACGAGGCUGAAGUAGCUUCAUUUGCGCUUCGCCUGCAACAGGCUGUAUUGCCCGAGUAUGGACCAAAGGCCGAUGCGUUGCAUCCAGCCAUGGAACUGGUGCAUGCACCUGCUACAGUACAGCACGUCAUUUGUGCCCGUGAGCAGCGCUUGGUGGCUGAUCUCUUCGGUGCCACUCUGGCUCGAGUUGAAGCAGACGAUGCUGCGGCCACGGCCAACUUUCUGGCAAUGCACCAGCGCGUUGCCCGUGGCCUGUUGGAUCGCCGCCGCGUACCGCCGUUGGGCGUGACUGUGGCGCGAUGGUUCUUUGCACUGCGCGAUUCACUCGUAGCGUUCUGGGCAACAGAGCCCGCGGCUUGGCCAUUACUCGUGCAGCAUCAGCUGGCGCAUCGCGUUGCGCCAGUGCAACUGGCUCAAGAUCGUGUCCUUCUUUUGGUGGAACGCGCUGCAAUGGUCUCCAGCAUGGAGCAGCUAUCUGCUCUCUCGUCUGUCACUAGCGAGCUGGCGGGCGCCCUGGCGUCACUUGGAGACGCCCAGCGAGCGUUGGCACCCAAUUGGGUUGACACGGCUGCGGCUGCCUGGGACGAGGUUCUGACGCGGCUUCCAGCUCUAGUGUGGCGACAACAAGCAUGGUCCACUCGACUCUUUGCCGCACGCCCCUGCCGCAGUACUGCCGUGGCAGACCUGCAGCGUUCCCUUCGUCAGCUGUGGUUAGCUUUGGACCCAGUUCGAACCACAGCCAUGCUGCAAGCCACAUUUCUCAUGCACCCGGCUGACGUGUACGUGGCGCACCCGUGCUUUGGCGAAACGGGCGCCUCGCUGGCUGAGCUUGCGGCCGCAGCCGCAACCCUGCAGCGGCUCGAUGUGUUUGACGGGCGUGAUGCGCUCGCGGGUCUUUCACCCGAAUUGCGCCAAGAAGUUGAAGGCGCUGAAGAAGUUCAGGCUGCUGCACAUGAGCACGGUGUCUUGCAAAGCGUCUUGGCGGAUCGGCUGGCCCAGGCCAUGGAGCGUGCGGGUGCUACGACGGCUGUUGAUCUGUCCCUGCGUACCGCGUACGAACGGGCGCUUGCGGCCAAAUUUUGGGGUAUUAAAGAAGUGCUUGCUCACAACGUGUGCUCGGCCGUGCUCAACCGUUUGUUUGAGGUGUUAGCGAACACGGGCGAUGGAACUCUUGCCGCAUCACCCCAUCAGCCCGCCACUGAAGCGUGGACACCUCUUAUCGAACCCUCGCCAACUGUCGUGCAAAACCUGGCUCAGGCCAUGGAUGCUGCUGCACGCCUGGUUCAACGCCUGCAGCUCCCACAACUGGGGCGCAUCAGUGGGCUGCUGCUCGAGUUGCAGUGGCACCUGGGCUGUGCACCUGUUACCUGGGACCGUGUCUACGGCCUCGCAUGGGCCUUGUUCAACCAACUAGGUCUUCACGGCUGGGUCAGCAGUGCUGAGCCGACGAUGGAAGACUUUCGCUUUUUGCGCGGGUAUGAUGCUGACGUUGACGGACGCGAAGAUGGCGUGCCUCGCGGGCCGACAGAUGUUGCAGUGCCCGUUCGAACAGGCCAGGUUUUGGGCCCGGCCAAGUUUUGCCUGCCGAUUGCCUCGCUUCAUCUUGAGCGAGCCACACGUUUCGAAGUGGUUCCCAUCCUCUUGGCCACCGACUUUCGCAGUUCGCUCGCAACGCUUGGUGAGACCAUGCUGGCCACGGCGGCUGCGACAACGACAGCGACUGCAGUUUGCAACGAGGCGACCCACCUGCGUGGCGAACCGGUGGGGUCUGGCUUGGCCUUGCUGGAACGGGCAUUGGCAGCUGAAUCAGCAUGGACAGCCGCUUUCAAUCGCUCCGAGCUAUCCGUAGGCGGACUCGCAGUCAACGUCGGCCUUGGUUUGCUGGCGUUUGUUCGCCCUGUCGAUGCCGUUGAUCGAGCUCAGCACGUUCAAGAGCAACUAGGGAUGCUAGAUGCUCUGUUUCAGACUUACAGCUUGCAAUUGCGCCACAAUUAUCUCUAUAAUCAGGAGCGACAGGGCGUUUCGUCGAGCCCGUUGACGGUGGUAUUGGAGCAGCUGCAACGACACGUCGUUGAGGCAGCUCGUCGCUUGACCCAGCAAUGGAUUGCUCGUGGAAGCGCCGACUCGCUGUACCCGCGCCUGUUCAGCAUGUGCCAGGAAUUUCUGAGUGCCGUGGCAGUGCCCGAGGUUGUACGCGAGCUUGCGCAGCGACUGCACGACUCCAAGGGUGCUCCCGAUGAUCAGACGCGGUUGCAAGAAGAGACCUUCCAAAUGGCCAGCUCAGCAUUCUUGCUGCGGCUUCAAGAGUAUGCUGCGUAUGACGACGUGUGCGAGCCUCUGGUCACAGCCGUCUUGUUCAUGAAAAACGGAUUGCGGGCCCUUCUCACACCUCAAAUUACCGUUGCCCCUGCAGCCGAGGAAGGCAAGGGCCCUCACCAAGCCCUCCCUGUCCGCCUGGCCAGCUUUCCCAGCUAUGAACAUGCACUUGACACGCUGCAAGCAAAUGGAGGCUUGGAGCAGAGCCGAAGCGCACCCAAGGCGGAGCGCGAAGCCAUCCUUACCCAUGUCUUGGCUUGCCUGCGUUCUUGUGCCGGCGACGACAGCCGUGCAACCACGGUUCGCCGCCUCUUUGCUGAGUUAUCCUCGCAUGUUGUUGAGCUGUGGGAAACUGCUGAAGCACGCCGUGCUGCACGAGAAGCGGAGGAGCAAGCGCUGUACAAACACAAGAGUCAAGACCACGCUGGGGAAGACGAUGAUGCACGAGCUGAGCGCGAGCUGCGCCGGAUGUUCCCCACAUACUUUGACGACUUUGCUGACCUGGAUGCGGACAACUUGGGCUUCGAGGCUGCACCAGAAACGUCUGGACGCGCGAUGAACGACGAGACAGACGAAGCAUUGGUCAGCCCUGCCCUGCUGCGUGAAGUCGUGGUCACCCAUGACGUCCUUUAUGGGCAAGACGUUGCAAUGCAUCUGCAACGGCGAUUGGACAUGGAAGCCUCCAUGCUAAAGCAAAAGCGGGCGUCUCGAAGCAAGUCCACCCGCCGCAUGCCGCAAGCAUCGGCUGCAGAUUCCGCCACGUCGCCAGCGGCAUCUCUGGACGUGGGUCGCGUCAUGGUCGAUGAAAGCGUCGUGUUCGAGCGAGCUCGUGCCUGGCUUCUUGCCCGUCCGACUACAGAGUUGGUCGCGCUCGGUGCCAGCGACAACGGCCUGCUUGAGCAGAACCUGAUAGUCUUGGGUAAAGCCCAGCAGCGAGCCGCUAGCUCGCCUGCGUUGGUGGGAACUCGCACACACGAAUUGGUGUGGGAAAACUUUUACACUGCAGCCAACGUCGAGGAGGCUGUGCUGCUGCAGCCAUGCCUUGAACGCUUGGUCCAGCGCCUGAAUGAGCUUCUGGCAGAAUUUUCGGAUCAUCCCAGCUUGACACAAAUUCUGGCCGUCGUGCAACGUGUGCUCGGCUUUCCCGUUACGUCCCCUUUGCCCAAGCUGCUGACUGGCCUAGACCUGAUCUUGCGCAAAGCCAAUGACUGGGAGCAAGUGGCAGCACGUCACGUAUCACUGCGAGAGCACUUGGAUGCUGUCAGUCAAUUCAUUAUCCGGUGGCGCAAGAAAGAGCUCGAACACUGGCCUGAGAUGCUGCCUGGCCUCUGGAUGGAGGUUGUAGCAGGUGUGGACAAACAGUUUCUGGUUCUUCAUCGGGCUCUUUUGGGAGUCCCUAGCUGUUUGGCAGAUGCGAUGCGCGAAAAGACUUCGGCCAUUGACAUAGACCGCCUCACGCUGGCUCUGCGAGAGCAUCUGCUCCAGGUACAGCAAGCCCUCAGCGCCUUUCUGCUGGAAAGCAGUCUCGGCGAGAUGCUACCGCGCUUGGAGCUGCUAUUGCGUUUUGGUGCGCAGUUAGCACAGCGCGGGGCCUUGGAGGAGGUUCUGGGGCCGGUGCUCCAAGUCGCAGAAUUGCGACAACUUGGGGAGCAGUACGUCGCUGAUUUGCGUAAUGUCGUCCUCAACACGGUCAAUGUUGGCAAGGGCGUGGUGUCUCAGGUAGAAAAGACCAUUCAUGAUCUACGAAAACCGCUGGAAAAGGAUUUAAAGGGCUUUGCAAAAAUCAUGAAGUGGAAGGACACCAACUACGCCUCAUUACGCGAGGCCGCUGAUAAGACGCACCGCCACGUCUUCAAGUUUAUUCGACAAUAUCGCACUGCGCUUGAGCAGCCCGUGGCCGGGAUGCUCGACAACCUGCCUGUUGCUUUGGAAUUCCUGACCAAUGCUACGGCUUGCGCUUCGCUCAGCUUUGAGCACGUUUGGAGCGACGCCGAUGACAACGACAGAGCCACCCCAGCAGUUCCUCACGCUAUUUCUUCCCCACCGGCUUGGGCACCAGCCUUUCAACAGGCCCUGGCUGCCUUGUUGCCGGCCUGGUGCCAGGAAGUCGCCGCUCUUGGCAAUAAGGCACAGCGGUUUGCCCGGCGCGCGGGCGCUCAGCUGUCCGAAUGGGGCACCUCUUUGUCUGGCGCCGAGCUUAGCGGUCAAGUUAUUGAGCGCAUUCGUCAGGUGCAAGAGUGGGAUCGUGAGACUGUCAAGAAGCAGUUAGAGCAGGCUCGCGCCAAGUCAACGAGUGCGGAUGGCGAUGAAGCCCAGGUUCUGGACAAGAAGACAAAGGCUACCAUGCGCAAACAUGGUAAGGCCAUCAAGGCCAAGGCAUUGGCCACGCUGCUCACUCGCCUGCGAGAGCUGGGGCUUUCAUCGCGUUGGCUGGCUGUCAAUGCAGUGGAAGAGCUGCGCGAUUACGUGGCGCCAGCUUCACUGCACGACGGGCACCUAGGCGGUUGGGCUGAGCUCGCACGGCAAUUGGAUGAGUUUCGCGCCCCUUGCAUGCGUCGUCUCACGGCCUACCGUGCCUCGCGACGCCAGCCACACGCCGAUGUAAGCGCAGACAUGCAAGAAAAGCUGGCCUCGCUCAUUGAACACUUGCAUCAUGUGGAUUUACAACAGCGCGUAGUGCUCGCCCGGAUGGUUGAGGAGCAAGGUGUGCUGGCAGAACACCUAGCAUGGCUGUCCAGCCUUGCCGAAGCAGCAGGCGCCACCAAGGCCGCCGAAACUGAGGGUGACCAGUUCGCGGGGCGUGUAUUGGUGGUUAACCCCGACGAUUUUGCAGCACGUGUCGAAGCUUGCUUUGAACAGGCGUCACACCUUGCGCUUCAGCUGCUAGCGCUGUUGCACAGCUUACCUGCGGGUGAUGGGACGGCACGUCCCCAACUCGAGGAGCAAUUGCGAACUUUGUACACUACGUUGGCCGUCGUCCCAACACUUCCCGCGGCUCCAGCCCCCUUGGAAGAGGUUUGCGCGUUUAUUGAUAAGGCCCGUCUCUUGCUAGCCGAGGCCGUUGUUGCAGCCAAGACCUUGCAGCCACACUUAUCGACAUUACCGAAUGCGCGACGAGGGCUGCAGCAGCUUUGUACCGAAGCGCAGGGGCUUGCAGAUGAGGGCCAAAACAUGAUAUUGCAAAUGCAGCAAGACGCUGUUACAGCGGUCGAGGAUGGUUCGCGUGAUGGAGCUGCAGGUGGUCGAUUGGUGCAUCAACUCUUGGUCGCGGUGCAGCGCGUCGCCAAGGGGGCGCAAAAGCUCGCAUCAGCUGCGCAGCCAAAGGAGGGUGAGGGCUCAGACACCUCCGAGCGUGUCGUCGAGGAGAGUGAUGCUUCAACGGAGCUCUCGCUGCGGGAGCAACACCAAGCUCUGCUCUCGAUGUAUCGAACGCUCGACGUGGCAGACAUCAUCGACCAGCUGGCCACUAUGCGCGCCUCUGUGGCCGCAACCGCACAACGCAGCGAUUUGGCCUCCUUCAGCCGUCAGGCCCGACCCGUGGCCGAAGCGUUUGCACACUUGGUGCAACGAUGCGUUGGGGCAUUUGCUCAGAUGCAUCAUGGCAAUGUGAAACUACUGUAUGUUCUCAGUGGUCUGGCCAAUGAUCUUUGCCGCCGCGGGUUCUGCGUUCCUCCAGAGCUGGAAGAAGGCGAAGAUGAAGGCGAGGAGUCCCACGAUGGCAUGCAGCUCGAUGGCACGGGUAUCGGUGAAGGUGCCGGUGAGAAGGACGUCAGUGAUCAGAUCGAAGACGAGGAGCAGGUCCAAGGCACUCAAAAUGAAGAGCCGGCUGAACCCCAGCGCGAUGAGACGAUAGAGGAGGAGGACGACGGUCUGGAGAUGAAUGACGACUUUGACGCUGAGCUGUAUGAGAAGGACCGGCCUGAACAAGGUGAAGGAAGUGACGAUGAAGAUGAGGAAGACGCAGAUCACGAAGAGCAGAUGGGCAAGGUUGAUGGCGAGAGUGCCGAAACGCUGGACCAGGGCAUGUGGGCCAAGGAGGAGGAGAAGGAAGCUGACGGCCCAGAAGACGGCGAUGAAACAGGCGGGGAGCAGACAGGCGCUACCGAGUCGUCGGCCAAGCAAGAUGACGGCGCGCCCAAGGAUGACCGCGAUGAUCCAAAGGGUCAGGACAAGAAUCAAGGUCCAGAGGAGCAAGGUCAAGCUGAGGGUGAAGAGCCUGAGAUCAACGACGACUAUGCUUCCGGUGAUGAGAACGGCGAGGAUGGCCCCGAGGGCCAGCAGCAGGAGCAGCAACAGCAACAGCAACAGCAAGACGAGGGUGGAGAACCUGAAGAUCAGGACCCGGGAGCUGGUGAGGAUCUGGACUUGGGCGAGGACCUUGAUUUGGAUGGAGACGGCACCAAAGACGAACAAGAUGGCGGUAUGGAUGAAGACGCUGAUGAUGGUGAGGCUGGUAAUGAAGGCGAUGCACAAAAGGAGGAGGAAAUGAACGAGCAAGCCGACGAUGCAGAGCGCGAGGAACAGGAGCAGCAAGACCUGCUGACUGAUGCGGCCCCUGCAGAGGACGAGGCUGGCAUCGAGGCGGAGGAACAACCAGAGCCGCAACAAAACGAGGAAGAUGGUCAGGGCGACGACUCGGACGACCACAAAGCCGACCCGCAAGACACAGACGCCGCGUUGGAUGACAUGAUGCCCAUGGACGUGGAGACUGAGGAAGGCCCUGGUGAAGAGGCUGCAGAAAAUGGCCCCGACGACGAGCCUGAACGUGGCCAGGAUGAUGAGCAGGGCGCCGAGGACGAACAAGGUGACACCGACCAGCAGGAUGCCGAGAAUGAUAGCUCCGCGGCACCAACGGCAGCUGCAACUGCGUUGGCGGAUGAAGCUGUGGGUGCCCCGGACGCUCAGGCCGGAACUCAAACCGAAGAUACAGGUAUGGAGCAGGCCGGCGAUGGCGCUGGUGGUGGACAAACUUCGGCAGAUGCCCAAGCCACUUCCCAAGGGCGCGAGGGUGCGCCGCAAGACCAUGCUGACAAGGCCUACGAGCGUAUCCAGGAAACAAAUCCUUAUCGUGACCUGGGGUCAGCUCUCCAGGCCUGGAAGGACCGCAUCAACGUCCAAGAUGCACCCGAUGAUGCGGCGGGCGAGACAGCUCAAGCUGAGCCAGAUGCCAAGCACGAUGAGAACGCGGAAGCUUUUCAGUUUACUCGGGAAGGAGAAGACAACGAUGCGCAAGCUUUGGGAGCGGCUACGGCCGAACAGCAGCAACACGUGGGCGAGGCUGACGCAGAGCUGGCACCGGAUGACCUGCAGAAGGAUGUGGAAGCGCUUCCCGAAGCCAUGCCCGAGCUGACGGAGCAAGCAGGGCAAGACCUCGAUGACGUCGAGGUAGAGCAGGCACCUGCGAAUGCGAUGGAUCAGGAGCACGAAGAUGUAGACCUGCCAGACGACGCCAUCAAGAGCCAGCUUGCUCAACCAGGAGCCGAUGCAGCGGAGCCGACAGAGUUGCAAGACCCUAACCAAGAACGCGUUGAGCCGCAAAUGAGCGAGCUACACGUGCGCGGCCUCCUGGAUAACGAUCUCCUGCAUGAGGAGCCAGACGAGGCCACCGUCAACCGCAUUGAACACAUUCUCGAUGUCCUGGAACGAAACUCUGAACGAGCCCCAGGUGCAUCUGCAGAAGAAGCUCUGGCGGCCUGGCGUGAGCUUUCUGUUCUCACGCAAAACGUAGCGCAGCGAUUGGCUGAGCAGCUGCGUUUGGUGCUUGAGGCAACCGUGGCCAGCAAGAUGACUGGUGACUUCCGCACGGGCAAGCGCCUCAACAUGCGUAAGAUCAUCCCCUACAUUGCAUCGCAAUUCCGUAAGGACAAAAUCUGGCUACGACGCACCAAGCCCUCAAAGCGUGACUACCAGAUUAUGGUUGCGAUCGAUAACUCCAAAAGCAUGCGCCUGUAUCACUCGCGUACUAUGGCCUUGGAGGCACUCUGUGGCUUGACCAACGCCAUGAAGACGCUUGAGGCAGGCGAGUUGGGUGUGGUGGGCUUUGGUCGACGCGUUCGAUCCGUGCAUGACUUUGAAGCCCCCUUGUCGGACAUGGCGGGUGCCCAGUGGCUCCAGCAACUUGACUUCCACGACGAGACAACCGACAUGGGUGCUCUGCUCAGUGAGUGCUGCGAGCAGCUUGAGCAAGCGGCCACCCGCAAGCAGCGCACGCAGCAGAACAUGGCCGUCUCGCAACUUUUGUUCAUACUUUCGGACAGCGACAACAUUUAUCAAGGUGGCAAGGAGCAAGUGGAACGACGCCUGCAAGAACUGCGUCAGCGCGGCGUCUUUGUCGUCUUUGUCAUCUUUGACUCUCCCGAAAAGGAACACAGCGUUCUUGAGCAGAAAACGGUCUCAUUCACACCUCAAGGUGUCGUCACGGAAGACUACAUGGAUCGGUUCGCGGAUAAGACAUACAUUCUUCUCCGGGAUGUCAAACAUCUGCCCAAUUAUCUCAGUGACACUCUGCGUCAAUGGAUUGAAAUGCUGAAUCGUGACGACUGAGCUGUUUGUCGGCCUCGAUCUUCUUUGUGUUGCUUUUUGUGCGCACAUUGACCAUAUCCCGUUGAUGAAUCCAGACAGUAUACAAAUGCCAUUAGUUUGAACCCCCAAUUCUUCUUCGAAUAAAUCAUAAAUGACCUGUAUCGCUUUGAUGUGAGUAAGGUGCUUGUUUCAUGACUACUAAAUUGAGACAUGUUCGUG